CGCCCCACGUGGGGCCCUCCGUGCGCCAUUUAAAGGGCCCCAUUGCGCCGCGGCCCCAGAAGCGGCGCCGCCUCCGCCCUCCGCUGCGCCAUGGACGCCCUCGUGCCCCUCCUGCUGCUCCUCGUCCCCACCGCGUCGUGGGCGGAGGAUUCGCGCAUCGUCGGCGGCCGCAGCUGUGGGCGCCGCCGCCACCCCUUCCAGGUGGUCCUUUUGGGGCCGCAGAGGAACAUCCACUGCGGGGGGGUCCUCAUCGACCCUUCGUGGGUGCUGACGGCCGCGCACUGCGACACCGGCAGCUCCAUCCCCGUCCGCAUGGGCGACCACAGCCUGAAGACCAAAGAAGGGACGGAGCAGUGCAUCAGCUCGGCCAAAGCCUUCAUCCACCCCGACUACGACGCCACCAGCCACGACAGUGACCUCAUGCUCCUCAAGCUGAAGAAACCCGCCCGCAUCACCCAACACGUCCAAGCGGUGGCUCUGCCCAAGCGGUGUCCACCCCCCAACAGCGAGUGCGUCGUCUCGGGCUGGGGAAGCACCAGCAGCCCCGAAGGGUAUUUCCCGGACGUUCUCCAGUGCGGAGUGGUCUACACGAUGGCCAACGAGGAGUGCAGCAAACUCUACCCCAAAGGCAUCACCAAGAACAUGCUCUGCGCCGGCGUCUCCGGCGGCGGCACCGACUCCUGCCAGGGGGACUCGGGAGGUCCCCUGGUGUGCGGCGAGGAGCUCCAGGGCAUCGUCUCGUGGGGGAUGCAGAUCUGCGGCCAACGCGGCAAACCCGGCGUCUACACCCGCGUCUGCCGCUUCACCUCCUGGAUCCACCAGACCAUGAGGAGGAACGGCUGAGGCGCCUCCACCACCGCCUCCACCUCCCGACCAUGGAAAAGGUCCUCCACGGCACCGGCGUUGUCCUCUCCUCCAACACCAGCGGUGGUCGUCGUCGUCUUCUUCUUCUUCGGCUCCUGGAAUAAAAGGCCUCUG